CGGAUUAAAUUUUAACCCUCUGGAGGGGGAGGGGGAGCCGGAACAUUCUCGGGAUCAUUCCCGGAUUUCUCCCGUGGUCCCUGAUCCCAAAAAUCCCCAAAAAAUCCCGGGAUGGACGAGGAGGAGCUCCAGGACGACCUGCGCGUGUUCUCAGGCCGUUCCGUGCUCCCUCCGUGGCUCCGUUCCUUCCCGGCCGUGUACCUGGCUCUGGCUCUCAGCUCCCUGCUCCUGCUGCUCCUCAGCUCCCUGGCGCUCGCCAGAGUUUCCUCCAUUUCCUCCCAACUCCAGCAGGAGCUGCUGGGGCAGAAUUUUUCUGACCGGGAUUCCUUCCUGUUCCCGUGCGGGCCGGAUUCCCGGGAAUGGGAAUAUUUUGCCGGGAAUUGUUAUUAUUUCUCGCUGGCGCGGCUGAGCUGGGGGCGGGCGCGGGAGCGGUGCCGGGAGCGCCGGGCUCAGCUCGUGGUCAUCGGGAGCUUCCCUGAGCAGCCUCAGCAGUUCCUGAUGUCCCGGACUCGCAACGAGCGCUUCUGGAUCGGCCUCACGGACGAGAAUUCCGAGGGAAAAUGGGAAUGGGUGGACGGCAGUGACUACGGAUCCGCCUUCACAUUUUGGGGGGAUGGGGAACCCAACGACAGCGGCAGCAACGAGGAUUGCGCUCACCUCUGGAUCUCCGGCCGCUGGAACGACGUGCGCUGCUCCUUCGAGUGUUUCUUCAUCUCCUCCGGGAUGAAGCCGGAGGCGGCUCCGUCCUGCCUGGAGCAGAAAACGCCGCUCCCGAAAUUCGCCGUUAUUCCCGAUCUCUGCUCCGGCUGUGGCUCCGUGAUCCGGGAUCGUUUCCUGCUCCGCGUUAACGAGCGCUCCUGGCACGAGCGGUGCCUUCGCUGCUGCGCCUGCGGCCUCGUCCUGGCUGGGAAUUCCUGCUUUUCCCGGGAAUGUCGGAUCUACUGCCGCCACGACUACCUCAGGCUGUUCCCUCGGCGCUGCAGCCGCUGCCGGGGGGCUCUGGGCGGCUCCGAGCGCAUCCAGAAGGUUCUGGAAUUCCUUUUCCACGAGCGCUGCCCCCAAAUCCCCCUUUUAUCCCCCAAAUUCCCAUUUCUCCCUCCCAAAAUCCCCUGAUUUUCC